GCUGGCGCUGCAGUACAGCGCCCUUAACCACUGCGCCACCCGGGAGGCACUUCCCUCACUUUCUAUACAGUAGAUCCCUUCUCUAAUGACUUCUGUCCUCCCUCACUUUCUAUACAGUAGAUCCCUUCUCUAAUGUCUUCUGUCCUACUUCACAUUCUAUACAGUAUAUCCCUUCUCUAAUGUCUUCUGUCCUACUUCACAUUCUAUACACUAGAUCCCUUCUCUAAUGUCUUCUGUCCUACUUCACAUUCUAUACAGUAGAUCCCUUCUCUAAUGACUUCUGUCCUCCUUCAUUUGGGAUGUACACACUGUCCUAAAAGAGCCUAUGCUUAAAGUGGUUGUCUGGUUGAAGAACUCUCUUUCUUUCUCUCUCUCUCUCUCUCUGUCUCUCUCUCUCAGUGAGAGUACAGAGAGAGAGAGGGGGGAAAGAGAGAGGGGGCGUGCUCUAACAGAAAGAGGGUGUGGGGAGGAGAGCUAAAUAGUUAUUUUCUAACUCCAUGUGGUUCACACUGAGAGGUGUCUCUCUAAGAGAGAGAGAAUAUUGUAUUUAUUUUCUCACCAUUUAUCAUACGGAAUAAAAACCUUGUUAAUCUGGGAUUAUCUUCAAUCUGAAUUCAGUAAAAACAGAUUUAAUCUCAGACUGAUUCUUCUUGUGGGACUAGUUCUAUUAGGAUCCUAUUUGUUGUCUGGUGUGGAUAUAAUACCAGUCUGUCUCUGAGAUGGGGUCCAGAACUCUUCUACUUGUUCUGGGUCUUUAUUUCACACUACUGGGGAACCUAGAGGCCAGAGAUUGCGGCCUGGGCUUCAUAUUCAAAACAAGAAAACAAUGUGUUGAUACAGAUGAGUGUAAAGAGUUGGACAGUACCCCACCCUGUGGAAGUAAUGCCACAUGUUACAACACACAGGGGAGCUUCUACUGUCAGUGUCUACCUGGGUUCAGAUCCACAACGACUGUCAACUUCACAUUUUCUGGACAGUGUACUGUACUGACCUGUGACCAGGUCAAAGCGGAUCAGACUCCUGAACAGACUGUCCCAGGUUUUGCUGGUCUCCUGUCUCUGAUGAGGAAAAGCUGUCUGGCGUUAAGUAACUCUGGGGAAGCAGCCGGAGGGAGACUGACUGGAGAGGUGUUACUGGAGAAUGUCUUGACAGAGAUAGACAGUCUCCUGUCUCAAGGUAUCCUAAGCAACAGCCGGGUGGUGAGUGGGUUGCUAGGCGCCGUGGAGGACACCUUGAUGCUCAUCGGGCCACAGCUCAGAGACACCCACACCACCAUGGAAACAGACCACACAGCUACUGAGCUUGCAGUGAGGAGGGGACAGACUCCGCCCAUUGGGCCAAUCAGCCUGGCCAAUGACAACGUGCGACUGGACACCAGCUGGGAGACAGCCACUGGCAACGGGACGUACCCAGGUUUCACUCUGGCUGGGUUGGUGUGUUACAAGACAGUGGAGAGAUCUGUCAACAACUCCUUCCAGUACCUCACUGACACGGACACAAACAGAGACACAGCAACCGCCACAGCAUCAAAGCCUAGCUACCAGAUCAGUUCCAAGGUGGUAACAGCUCUCGUCAGUAACCCAGCCACAGAUCACCUCACCCAGCCUGUCAUCCUCACCUUCAGACAUCUACAGGUGAGGGCGGAGUCAGCGAGGAUGAACUAUACCUGUGUGUUCUGGUCGGAGGGGCGUGUCCAUGAAGAGGGAGGGGCGUGGUCAAGGAGUGGCUGUACCAAAGUCACGUCUAACGCUACACACACCGUGUGUUCCUGUUCCCACCUUAGCAGCUUUGCUGUUCUCAUGGCCCUCUAUCCUGUACAGAACACCUUUGAGCUGCGUCUGUUGACGUGGCUGGGUCUGUCGUUGUCUGUGGUGUGUCUGUUGCUGUGCAUCCUGACCUUCUGGCUGUGUCGGUCCAUCCAGGAGACACGCACCACCAUCCACCUCCACCUCUGUGUCUGCCUCUUCAUCGCUGACCUCGUCUUCCUCACCGGAAUCUCUCACACACAGAGCAAGGGAGGAUGUAGGGUUGUAGCAGGUCUCCUCCACCUGUUCUUCCUAGGAUCCUUCAGUUGGAUGUUGUUAGAGGGGGUUCAGCUCUACCUCAUGGUGGUCCUGGUCUUCAACACUACCAUAAGACCUCUGUACCUGCAUGCUGUGGGAUAUGGACUGCCACUGGCUAUAGUCAUCAUCUCUGCUAUCACCUACCCAGAUGGAUACGGUACCACACAACACUGUUGGUUGUCUCUGGAGAGAGGAUUCAUCUGGAGUUUCUUCGGCCCAGUGUGCACCAUCAUCAUCCUCAACACUUUCUUCUUCAUCAUCACUGUCUGGAGGCUGGCCCAGAAGUUCUCUAGUCUCAACCCUGACCUCUCCAACCUACGCAAGAUCAAGGUGUUCACAGUGACAGCAGUGGCCCAGCUGUGUGUGUUGGGUACUAUGUGGAUAUUUGGAGUGUUCCAGUUCCAAGAGGAGGGGACAGUGGUCAUGACAUAUCUCUUCACUAUCCUCAACUCUCUACAGGGAGCACUGCUGUUCAUCAUGCACUGCCUACUGAACAAAACGGUGAGAGAGGAGUAUGGCAAGCUCCUGUCCUGUAUCUGCACACCACUGAAGAAGAGAUACUCAGAGGUCAGCACUACUAACCCUUCUUCCAACCAAUCCCAG